CACCCCCUUCACCUUCUCCUCAGGCCCCGCCCGCCCUGCCCUCCCCUCCCGAUCCCGGAGCCAUGUGGCCCCUGGCCCUAGUGAUCGCCUCCCUGACCUUGGCCUUGUCAGGAGGUGUCUCCCAGGAGUCUUCCAAGGUUCUCAACACCAAUGGGACCAGUGGGUUUCUCCCAGGUGGCUACACCUGCUUCCCCCACUCUCAGCCCUGGCAGGCUGCCCUACUAGUGCAAGGGCGGCUACUCUGUGGGGGAGUCCUGGUCCACCCCAAAUGGGUCCUCACUGCCGCACACUGUCUAAAGGAGGGGCUCAGAGUUUACCUAGGCAAGCACGCCCUAGGGCAUGUGGAAGCUGGUGAGCAGGUGAGGGAAGUUGUCCACUCUAUCCCCCACCCUGAAUACCGGAGAAGCCCCACCCAUCUGAACCACGACCAUGACAUCAUGCUUCUGGAGCUGCAGUCCCCGGUCCAGCUCACAGGCUACAUCCAAACCCUGCCCCUUUCCCACAACAACCGCCUAACCCCUGGCACCACCUGUCGGGUGUCUGGCUGGGGCACCACCACCAGCCCCCAGGUGAAUUACCCCAAAACUCUACAAUGUGCCAACAUCCAACUUCGCUCAGAUGAGGAGUGUCGUCAUGUCUACCCAGGAAAGAUCACUGACAACAUGUUGUGUGCCGGCACAAAAGAGGGUGGCAAAGACUCCUGUGAGGGUGACUCUGGGGGCCCCCUGGUCUGUAACAGAACACUGUAUGGCAUCGUCUCCUGGGGAGACUUCCCAUGUGGGCAACCUGACCGGCCUGGUGUCUACACCCGUGUCUCAAGAUACGUCCUGUGGAUCCGUGAAACAAUCCGAAAAUAUGAAACCCAGCAGCAAAAAUGGUUGAAGGGCCCACAAUAAAAGUUGAGAAAUGUA